CGCAGCUGGCUACGAGUGCGGGGACUUCCUGCUCGAAGACGGUGAGGAGGCGAUCCUCGUGUCCGGCGACGACGACCUGUCCUUCACUUGCACCAGCAACAUACAGAGUCCCGCCGGCACGACGCUGAGCCUGGAAUGCCCGCACUUCGACCUCGCGAGGAAGGGCUGUUCCCUGGAGAGGCUGGUCGUCACGGAUCCUGUUGGAGGCAGGAGUGUGACCGGGUGCUACCGCGACGCCCCUCCUUCUCCACGGCGUCCAAUUCCCUGACGAUGGUCCACACGCGAGGCAGCCUCGGGCGGAGGUGCACCGGCGGGUUCAUGUGCACCAUCCGCGCCGGCAGCAAGCCCGAGGUCUUAGCGCAGUGCAAGAAGCAGACCGUUCAACUCAACGAAGACGCCAUCGUCUACUCGGCCAACGACGGAUCGAAAACCAAGUGCAAACACCAGAUCGAGGGACCUGCAGGAUCGAAGUUGGUAAUGAGCUGCCCUAUCUUCAGCUUGCGACCUGGAUGCAAUAAAGAAAAAUUAGCUUUCCACAGAGGCAGGUUUGGCCUCGACGACUCCAAGACGACUUAUUGUGAGAAAGAAGCUGUUUCAGCCGUAACCAAGUCAAACAAACUUGUAUUCAAACACAUAAGGAAGCCUCUGCGGAAGAAAUGCUCUGGCGGUUUCCUCUGCCUCGUGACGCCUCAGGACGACUCUACCGGAGGAGGCCGACCAUUUUGUAGUGGUUGCGGUGUCAGCCAGGUUACUGUGCCAAGAAUUGUGGGUGGAGAGGAAGCAACAGCAGGAGAAUACCCAUGGCAGGCUCUGCUGGUGUUUGGCAAUGGCAUUAUUUGUGGUGGUUCUCUCAUCAAGAAUGGUUGGGUGCUCACUGCUGCUCAUUGUAUUAAACAAACAGGAGCUACCAGUGUUACUGUGGUUCUUGGUGAGCAUGACAGAUCCACUACCACUGAUGGUGUCACACAACAGUUUGUGUCUUCAAACAUUAUUGUUCAUCCUAAUUAUGAUGACAUAACACAAAAUAACGAUAUAGCACUUGUGUUCCUUGGGCAAAAUGCAAUAUUCAAUGAGCGAGUCCGCCCAAUUUGUCUAGCUCAGAACUCUGACUACGUGACUGGGGCGAGCACCAUUGUGACUGGCUGGGGUGUUCAAGCCUUUUCAUCCAGCACUGCAGUGAACAGGUUACAAGAAGUAACUCUUGACCUGAUUUCAACAUCUUCAUGUGCAGAAUUGUAUCCCGACUACACAAUCACUGAAAACAUGGUCUGCACUCUGACAACCAACAAGGAUGCUUGCCAGGGUGACAGUGGAGGUCCUUUAAUAACAAAGCUACAGGAUGGUACUUGGGUACAACUUGGAGUCGUAAGCUUUGGAGACGAGUGUGCCAAGGAGAACUCUCCAGGGGUCUUCACCAAAGUGGCCAACUACUAUGACUGGAUUACAGAACAAACAGGAUCUAACCAGUGUUAAAUAAGAAUUUGGGCUUUUCAAAAUGUUUUCAUGAUGUUAUUAUAUUUAUUUAUUUAUUGUAUUUUACCAGAUCUAAUCAAUUUCGUAUUCAUUAUUAAGAAUUAAUAUAUAUAGAACUUCUAAAAUAACUUUCCUAUAUCUUUUAUUUUGGUGUACUUACAGUUACAGUAUAAUUUCUCUGAACUUCACAACUGAAAUAUCUGUUAUUUUUGGUCUCUCCAUUUGUUUUACCAAAAUUAAAAUGCCAGAAUACAUGAUCACUUAUGCACUAUAAUGUCUAAUAAAAAUAAAGCUUAUUAUAACCUCUUUAUUAAAA